CUGCCACUGCCGUACAUAUCAUCGCCCGUUCAUUUUGCAAGCCAAAACCCGUUGAUCCUCCUGCUUGCAAUUGUGGUUUUUGUGGGGACCUCAGGCGGAACAGAUGUUGGCGUCUGAGAUGCUUUUAUGAAAACUGCUCUAAUUCAUGGUAAAGAAUAACGUGGACUUUGAUAUUGCAAACAAGACGUUAUAAUACCUCUUGCGUAUCGUGCCGUCCAAGUAUCAAGCUAGAGUUUCCUAAAUCCUAAUUGUUAGUUUUUCUAUUCAGUUGGACUGCAGUACUAAUUUUUGGACAAAAUAUCCGGAUUGGGCCCCACAAAUCGCAAGCUUGAGUGCACCAUUCAUUGUCGCGGUCUGCAGGCGCUUAUCUGCUCACUAUCGGCCUCCGUCUUAUCGGUGGCAUUUGACAUCGGAGCACAGCCGGAAAAUCCCUACCCAUGUAUCUUCAUUUGUAUCUGUUGAGCCCUUUUCAUUUCCAUACUGCACGAAAAAAGUUGUAUUACUUGAUGACAAGGGCGUCGUCGUCGUCGAAAAGAUCGUCUGGUACAGGGACAUCACGUGGUCGGGGAACAUAUGCUUCCCAUGCAUGCAAUGUAUGCAGAGCCAAGAGAGUCAAGUGCGACGAGGUAAAGCCUGUUUGCGGCUUUUGUCAGACCUCCGGACGCAAUGAUGAGUGCUCAUGGACAGGCGAAAGUGCAAGAAGGCCAAGGACGGAGGCCCACUACGAAGCACUGAGAAAGCGCGCAGAUGCACUCAAAGCCUAUGCAGAUCUACUCGAGUCGUUGUUGGAGAAGUGCCGCAGAGAGCAUGGAGGGGUGUCGGAGGAGAGCAUGUCCUAUCUCCAAUUCCGACCGCCGGAUGCUGGAAAUGCAAUUUUGGAGAAUGAAAUACCACCGCUGCAUGACGAUGGCUCUGACGCUAAUCAGGUCGAGGGAGAGGAUAUUACACUGGAGAUAUGCGUGCCCACCCGGAAUCUGAAGUUGGAGGACAGCCAGCUUGUUUUCUAUGGUAUUGCAGCACCGUUCCGCCUUGACCAAACUCCUGCGAAAUCUAGGGCAACCUCCAGACUUCCCGACAUUGACGAUCUCAAAAAGAGCCAUGUUCUUCAAAUAACGGAUGGCGAUGGAAGUCAUUAUGACCCAGAUUUCGACUGGUCUCGUUAUCUCCCUUCCGCCGUGCCUCUGGACAGGAAGGAACAUGACAGAGUUCUCGAUCUUCUCUUCAAAUUUUUUACACCGUGGUGUUUUCGCAUUGUUCCAGCUCUGUUUCUUCGAGAUAUGCAUAGAGCUCUGAGCGUACCCCGACACCAGACGCCUCCGAGGACCGUCCAUUAUUCUCCCAUGCUUCAUAACGCCCUUGUGGCCCUAGCGACGGCCUUUUCGGAUGAUCCUCGGAUACGUGACUUCAAAUCACGUAAGUACUUUGCCGACGAGGCCAAGCGCCGGUGGGAAGAUGAAUGCCAAAAACCGAACAUUAGUGUGGUACAAGCCCUUUCUAUAUUAUCGAGCUUUCAUUCGACCAACGGCGACCAAACUAUCGGCUACAUGUACUUUGUGCGCGUAUCGGUCAAGCAUGUACUUACGAGAUUAUCUCUUACGGCCGAAACUUUACUCAUCAUGAAAAUUGCAGUGGGCCUCAGCUUUGAUAGUUCGCAAUGGGUAGAGGCCGGGCUUAUAUCCAACGAUGAUAUGAUGGACCGAAACUGGGCGUAUUGGACUACAUUCACCGAAGACGUCUGUUGGUCGGUUUACGUCGGGCGGGACUUUUGCGUUCCUCUACCUGCGGAACGGCAUGUCCCGGUUCCCUUCGUCGACAGCGAAUUCGAUGAGACUCCAUGGCAUUACCCCCCUGCCAAUAUCCCCCCUCAGCCAAACUUCCUAUCGAGAACCCUUGCUGCGACUUGUGAGCUGAUGAUGAUAGCGAGACAAGUUAUGGACGUCAUAAGCGGUUUGAAUAUUGCUGUGACUCGGCAGGAGAUAAGUGACGAGAUUAUUAGCAAAAUUGAUCUGCAACUUCACGAAUGGAAGAGUCGACUCUCGCCAGAAGUGGAUAUAACUAUCAGCAACAAGUCAUCUGCUACUCCGCAUCGUCUAAUGCUUCACCUAGCCUUUUGGUGGAUAUUCAUCCUAUUACACCGCCCAUUUUUUCAUCGUCGAAAACGUGGCUCGGAUGGAGACAUCGAUCAUGUCAAGAUGUGCAAACGGGCGUCGGAAAACGUCAUGGAGCUUCUUCUUGUCUGGCGAUCCCUAUAUACCCUACGAUACGUUCCAAUGACGCUUGUACAAGUGCUCUUUUCUGCUGGAACCGUCUAUUUGCUACUCGCUGGGAAGGCCGCCUCCGGUCUUCGCGUCGCCAAGAAGGACCUUGAACGAUUUAGCUCCCAAGCCGAUCUGUGCGUAGAUUAUCUAAACGAGAUCGGAAAGUCAUGGAGCUCCGCCACAAAAAUAGGAGGCAUCUUGUCGAAUCUUUCGCAUAGACAACUAGACCCCUUGUUGGAGAAGAGGUCCGCGAAACGUGCCUCAAAGCAAGCAAAGCAGGAGACCAAGAUUGAAAUGGAAGCGGACAUCGAGACACCUCCCGCAACUCAGUCUGAGGAGGGCUCAUCUGAAUCUGGGUCUUAUCAAAAUAGCGCGUCGCCGAUUUUAGCCGAGGUAUCUCAUCCUCAGUCCCAGUGGUUCCCCGUUCAGAAUUACCACAUGUCGAGCGCCCAUAGCCACAACAGCAACAACUUGGGAUCUCUUGCUGUUUCGGGGAUGUUGGGUGGCGAGCCCUUUGGGAUCGAACCCUUCGUCCCAGAUUAUAAUAUGGGCUCAUACAAUGGAUACAGCAGUAUGCCCAACAGCAAUAGCAGCGUUGAUAAUGCUUUUGGACCGCAGGAUUAUAUGGUUACUCCUUCGGAGUUUUAUGGGACGUAUGAUGCUGGUACACAGCGUCUAUGGGAUAUUCUGCAGCGGCAUCAUUCUACGAUGUGAUUCCGGGUGGUACGGUUUGUCAGUUAUUGUCUGCUAGUGGGCUUAAUUUUCUACACAUAUGUUACACCAGGACAUUCACUUAUAAUUCUCUUUCGUCUGUCAGCCUACGAAGCUUGUAUUAAAUACGUUAUGUUGUGCACUAGUAAUGUAAAUACGGAAGGAAGCCUAGCGAUAUUAUCGAUUGAGUGUCGUAUGCGCC